AUGGGGACGCUCAUGGCCAAACUGCUCCUGCCCACAGUCAGCAGCCUGGCCUUCCUCCCCACGGUCAGCAUCGCCGCCAAGAGGCGGUUCCACAUGGAGGCCAUGGUCUACCUCUUCACCACGUUCUUUCUGGUGCUCCACCACGCCUGCACCGGGCCCGGCCUGUCAGUCCUCUGUUUCCUGCGUCACGACGUCCUGGAGUACUUCAGCGUCUACGGGACGGCCCUCAGCAUGUGGGUCUCGCUGAUGGCGCUGGCCGACUUCGAUGAGCCCAAGCGGUCGACUCUCGUGAUGUUCGGCGUCCUGACCAUCGCCGUGCGGAUCUACCACGACCGCUGGGGCUACGGCGUCUACUCCGGCCCCAUCGGCUCGGCCAUCCUCAUCAUCGCGGCCAAGUGGCUGCCUCAGAUGAAGGAGACAAGACGCCUGUUUCCGGACAAGAGCGUGUACACCCAGCAGAUAGGCCCCGGCCUCUGCUUCGGGGCCCUGGCCCUCAUGCUGCGCUUCUUCUUCGAGGACUGGGACUACACCUACGUCCACAGCUUCUACCACUGCGCCCUGGCCAUGUCCUUCACCCUGCUGCUGCCCAAGGUCAACAAGAAGGCCGGAAGCGCGGGGCCCCCCGCCAAGCUGGACUGCUCCACCCUCUGCUGUGCCUGCGUCUGACCGGGCAUCCUGGCUCCGAGCCCCGCUCUGCCCCGUCCCCGGCCUGCCUG